AUGGAAGGCUCCAAUGGCUUCGGGAUCGACUCCAUCCUCUCGCACCGGGCGGGCAGCCCCGCCCUUCCCCAGGGGGACCCCUUGCUCGGGGACUGCCGCUCGCCCCUGGAGCUGAGCCCGCGCUCGGAAAGUAGCAGCGCCUGCUCGUCGCCCGCCUCGCCCGGGAGGGACUGCCUGGAGGCGGGCGCCCCGCGGCCCGGCGGCGGCUCGGCGUCGGGCCCCGCCUCGGAGCCCCCCCUGCCGCCCGGGCCGCUCUCGGCCCCGGCCCAGUCGCGCACCGUCACCUCCUCCUUCCUGAUCAGGGACAUCCUCGCCGACUGCAAGCCCCUCGCGGCCUGCGCGCCCUACUCGAGCUGCGGGCCGCCCGCCGCGCCCGAGCCCGGGGGCCGCCUCGCCGCCAAGGCCGGGGAGGACUUCCGAGAGAAGCUGGACAAGAGCGGCAGCACGACUUCCUCCGACUCGGAGUAUAAAGUGAAGGAGGAGGGCGACCGCGAGAUCUCGAGCUCCCGGGACAGCCCCCCCGUGCGCCUCAAGAAGCCGCGCAAGGCGCGCACGGCCUUCACCGACCAUCAGCUGGCGCAGCUGGAGCGCAGCUUCGAGCGGCAGAAGUACCUGAGCGUGCAGGACCGCAUGGAGCUGGCCGCCUCGCUCAGCCUCACCGACACGCAGGUCAAGACCUGGUACCAGAACCGCAGGACGAAGUGGAAGCGGCAGACGGCGGUGGGGCUGGAGCUGCUGGCCGAGGCCGGCAACUACUCGGCGCUGCAGCGGAUGUUCCCGUCGCCCUACUUCUACCCGCAGAGCCUGGUCUCGAACCUGGACCCCGGCGCCGCGCUCUACCUGUACCGCGGGCCCAGCGCGCCGCCGCCCGCGCUGCAGCGGCCGCUCGUGCCGCGCAUCCUCAUCCACGGGCUGCAGGGCGCGGGCGAGCCGCCGCCGCCGCUGCCCCCGCUGGCGGGCGUCCUCCCGCGCGCCGCGCAGCCCCGGUGA